AUGUCUGCAGCGGCCAUGUUCUUCAUCGACCAGACUUACGCGGCUACUGCAGUCUGCUUGCUCAUCUUUCUCUUUUCCCUGAUUCACUAUCUCAGUCCACCGAAGCGAUGGGGUGACGUCUCCCAAAAUCUCAUCUACCACCAAGUGAGAAAGUACUUGCUGCGAUUACGGCCCGAGCAUAUCAAGUUUUGGAGGCCUCAAAUCAUUCUACUCAUCAACAAUCCUAGGAGCCAAACUCGACUGAUUCAAUUCUGCAACUCCGUAAAGAAAGGCGGUCUCUAUAUCCUUGGUCACGUUAUUGUAACGGACGAUUUCACCAGCGGCGUUCACGAAGCCAGACUUCAGCAGGCGGCUUGGACAAAGUACAUCUCGGAGUUCUCCCGUAUCAAGGCCUUCGUGCAGCUUACAAUGUCCCCAACCAUUACCUGGGGUAUCCGGAACUUGAUUCUGUCGGCUGGGCUAGGGGGUAUGCGGCCAAAUAUUGCCGUCAUGGGAUUUUACAACAUGGACGAGCUAAGAGAAUCUCGACCUUCUUUUCAGGUUCCGAAAGCUCCAAGCUCGUCGAAUGCGAACGCCCGCCCUCAGGCCAAAGCCAAAGAGAGGCCUCAUCGCAGGAGACGGGGCGACACGUCAGCGCGUCUGAUGGAAGGCAUGCUGCCUACAGAUGUGAUGAAGACGGAAGGCAUGAUGAGUGUGACCAGUUACAUGACUAUGUUGGAGGAUCUCGCUCUGAGGUACAAACUCAACGUCGCAAUUGGCAAAGGCUUUGAAAAUCUGGAAACGCCGCGCAAAGACAAGGCCAACAUCAAGAAACAUCUCGAUCUCUGGCCGAUACAAAUGUCAGCAGAAGUUCUGUCAGAUGGGAAAAGUGUCUUGACAACCAACUUCGACACAUACACCUUGAUUCUCCAGCUAGGCUAUAUCCUCUACAGCGUUCCAACAUGGCAUAAAGUCUACAAUAUUCGCGUCAUGGUGUUUGUGGAGUACGAAAGUGAAGUGGAAGAAGAAAGGGCGCGAGUCAAGGCCCUGCUAGACAAGCUAAGGAUCGAGGCCGAGGUCAUCGUGUUUUGGCUGGCUUCCGGACAGCUCAAUACGUAUGAGUUGAUUAUCAACGGCCAAAGCAACGAUCUCGAGUCUCAGAUUAUGGUCCACGACAUACUAAAGGAUGAAGAGUGGUGGGACGACCUGCAGAGGUUCCGAGGCCGUGAGCCAAACCUGAACUCAACCGAAGAGCUCACGUCUUUCGCGAAUAUCAUCGAGUCAACGGCAGGGCGGCCUGGCGUGUUCAACCCGCAUGUAUCACUGGACGAUAUUGAGAGUGGGCGGCGACCGAGUUUGGUGCACUUUGGGGAACUGCCCAAGAAGCCGACGGUUUCGAGGUUGUCCCGCCUUGGCGUCAGCGUUGGAAUUCACACGUCUCACUUGGGAGAUGAGGUCUUUGAAGACGCCUCUGGCUCCGACGGUGAGAUGAGUGAUCAAGAACAACAGCCAUCUUGCCUUGAUUCCGAUUCUGAAUUUGAACCUGGCAGCAGUGACUACAGCGAGGACGAGAUGCCAGAGGUCGACGCUCCUAGGCGGCCGUUAUUACUUGGGCGAGGACGAGGUCGAAGCCAGAGCGACGAUUUACUCACGAAAAAGGAGCAAAUCGAAUAA